GAGGCGUCGGGGCCGAGCGUGGUACUACAACGGGUGCGGGCCGGAGGGGGCGGGGGGAUGCGCCGCGGCGGCGGUGGCGCGGGCGCUGGGGCUGGUGUUCAGAGGCGCCAGAGCCGCGGAUCCCGGUCUCGCCGCCGCAGGAGCGUGGCUGUCGCGCGCGGCCUGAAGACACCGUACCUUUCUGCCCCUCACCUUUUUUUUUUUUUAAAUAACCGGAACCAAUGAACGCAGCCGGUACCCGAGCUCCGGAGGCCGCCGGUGCCGAGGCGACCAGGCUGGCGCCCGGCAGGAGCUCGCCUCCGAGGCGGCGGGGGCGGCCGGAGGAAUCGCCGGUUGCGGCGGCGGCAGCAGCAGCUGCAGCGCCUGGCGGAGCGGACGGGUGGCCAGCGGCCGGGGCGCCGCCGCGCUUUCCCCUCGGUCCUCUUCCGCGCCCUCAUCCCGCCACGGCGUUCGGCCCGGCCUCGGGCUGGCUGCGGUGGUGGCGCUGGGCUGCGCUGCUGGUGCUCGGGCUGCUGGUGGCCGGCGCGGCGGACGGAUGCGAGCUGGUGUCCAGGCACCUCCGCGGGCGGCGGGCCUCGGGCUCUGCCGCGGCAGCCGCCUCCUCUCCCGCUGCGGCGGCGGGCGACAGUCCGGCGCUCAUGACAGAUCCCUGCCUAUCACUGAGCCCACCAUGCUUCACAGAAGAAGAUAGAUACAGUCUGGAAGCUCUUCAAACAAUACAUAAACAAAUGGAUGAUGACAAAGAUGGUGGAAUUGAAGUAGAUGAAAGCGAUGAAUUUAUCAGAGAAGAUAUGAAAUAUAAAGAUGCUACUAAUAAACACAGUCAUCUGCACAGAGAAGAUAAGCAUAUAACUGUUGAGGAUUUAUGGAAACGGUGGAAAACAUCAGAAGUUCAUAAUUGGACCCUUGAGGACACGCUUCAGUGGUUGAUAGAAUUUGUUGAACUACCCCAAUAUGAGAAGAAUUUUAGAGACAAUAAUGUCAAAGGAACAACGCUUCCCAGGAUAGCAGUGCAUGAACCUUCAUUUAUGAGCUCCCAGUUGAAAAUCAGCGAUCGGAGUCACAGGCAAAAACUUCAGCUCAAGGCACUGGAUGUGGUUUUGUUUGGACCUCUGACACGCCCGCCUCAUAACUGGAUGAAGGAUUUUAUUCUCACAGUUUCUAUAGUAAUUGGUGUUGGAGGGUGUUGGUUUGCUUACACACAGAAUAAGACAUCAAAAGAACAUGUCGCAAAAAUGAUGAAAGACUUAGAGAGUCUACAAACUGCAGAGCAAAGCCUAAUGGACUUACAAGAGAGGCUUGAAAAGGCACAGGAAGAAAAUAGAAAUGUUGCUGUAGAAAAGCAAAAUCUAGAGCGCAAAAUGAUGGAUGAAAUCAAUUAUGCAAAGGAAGAGGCCUGUCGGCUGAGAGAGCUAAGGGAAGGAGCCGAAUGUGAGCUGAGUAGACGGCAAUAUGCAGAGCAGGAAUUGGAGCAGGUUCGAAUGGCUCUAAAAAAGGCUGAAAAAGAAUUUGAACUCCGAAGCAGCUGGUCUGUUCCAGAUGCACUUCAAAAAUGGCUUCAGUUAACACAUGAAGUAGAAGUACAGUACUACAAUAUUAAAAGACAAAAUGCUGAAAUGCAAUUAGCUAUUGCUAAGGAUGAGGUUGCUGCUUCAUACCUGAUUCAGGCAGAGAAAAUUAAAAAGAAAAGAAGCACGGUCUUUGGGACUCUGCAUGUUGCGCAUAGCUCCUCCCUAGAUGAGGUAGAUCACAAAAUUCUGGAAGCAAAGAAAGCGCUCUCUGAGUUGACAACUUGUUUACGAGAACGACUUUUUCGCUGGCAACAGAUUGAGAAGAUCUGUGGCUUUCAGAUAGCCCAUAACUCGGGACUCCCCAGCUUGACCUCUUCCCUGUAUUCUGAUCACAGCUGGGUGGUGAUGCCCAGAGUCUCCAUUCCCCCCUAUCCAAUUGCUGGAGGAGUUGAUGAUUUAGAUGAAGACACACCCCCAAUAGUGUCACAGUUUCCUGGGACCGUGGCCAAGCCCGCGGGGCCGCUCGCCCGAAGCAGCAGCCUGUGCCGCUCCCGUCGAAGCAUCGUGCCGGCCUCGCCGCAGUGUCCGCGUGCCCAGCUCCCUCCUCACACGUCACACCAGGCCCACGCCCGGCACCCCCACCACCUCCAGCACCCGCAGCACUCCUUGCCUUCCCCUGACCCCGAUAUCCUCUCUGUGUCAAGUUGUCCUGUCCUUUAUCGAAACGAGGAGGAGGAAGAGGCCAUUUACUUCUCUGCUGAAAAACAAUGGGAAGUGCCAGACACGGCCUCCGAGUGUGACUCCUUAAAUUCUUCCAUUGGAAGGAAACAGUCUCCUCCUUCAAGCCUUGAGAUAUACCAAACAUUGUCUCCUCGAAAAAUAUCAAGAGAUGAGCUCUCUCUAGAGGAUUCAUCCCGAGGAGAUUCACCCGUAACUGCAGAUAUCUCUCGGGGUUCUCCUGAUUGUGUAGGUCUGACAGAAACGAAGAGUAUGAUCUUCAGUCCUGCCAGCAAAGUGUACAAUGGCAUCUUAGAGAAAUCCUGUAGCAUGAACCAGCUUUCUAGCGGCAUCCCGGUGCCUAAAUCUCGCCACACGUCCUGUUCCUCCACCAGCAACGACAGUAAACCCAUUCAGGAAGCCCCACAUGUUGCCAGGAUAAGCAGCAUCCCGCACGAUCUUUGUCAUAAUGGAGAGAAAAGCAAAAAGCCAUCAAAAAUUAAAAGCCUUUUUAAGAAGAAAUCUAAGUGAACUGGCUGACAUGAUGGAAUUUAUUCAAGUGGCAUCUUGGAACUUUUAUCUCCUGUCCUCCACUCCCCCUUUUUUGUUUUAAUUUUAGGGCUGUAACUCCAGUGGGGCUUCCCAGACUGGGCGCCGUAGUGGAAUGUCCCAAAGGCAACUGUCUACUGUCUGCUUAUUUAAAUGACUAAUCAUUUUGUCAAGCCAGUUAUUACUGAAAAAUCAUUAAGAGAUGAGACAGUUUACAGUCAUUUCUGCCUAUUUAUUUCUGCUUUGUUAUUAGUGAUGUAUAUACAACAUUUUGUUGAAAGCCACUAUGGACUUACAAGCUUUAAUGGACUAGUAAGCCAGCAUGGGCUUGCAAAAAUUUCUUGUUUACCACACCAUCUUCUUAUCUUUCCACAGCUAUUUACAUCCUGGGCUAAAUGACUUAAAGUAAAACUAAUUGCACUACCGUUUUCCAGACUGGAAAAAAAAAAAAUCUCUGCAAGUGAAACUGUAUAGAGUUUAUAAAAUGACUAUGGAUAGGGGACUGUUUUCACUUUUAGAUCAAAAAGGGUUUUUAAGUAGAACCUGGGGUUUCUAAUUGACUUGAUUUCUGGAAAUGAAAACCCACGCUUUUAUUAUGGGAAGCUUCUUUAAAUGCAUUUAAUAUUAUAAAGUUUCAAGUCCUGCUGUAAAGAUCAUGUUGUUUUGUUUUUCCCAGGGCUUUCACUGUGAUUUACUGCAUUGCAGGCUGUAUGAUAAAAUAUAAAUAAUUUAAGGAGAGAAGGCUCUUGAUUCCUUACGCACGUGGAAGAGUUGAAACUUGAUUGAAGGACUUACAUUCACAAGCUUAAACUGAGGUCGGGGACGUGGGGAUUCAGGCUCUUGUUUACAGACUUUGAAUAACAGCAAAGAAGUUAUGGUUUGUGAAGAAUUUGUACUGUGGAAAAGAUAAUAAAUUGGAGACAUUAUUGUGUGGGACUGUGUUGACUUUUGUUGAUAACACUCCACUAAAAACACUAUACGUUUUCUGGAGAGCUAAGUGAGCUGUUUUGUUGCUUAAUUGCACUAUAAGAAAUAGUGAUGUUUUGGAAGUUGUCAACAAAUUUCUUUCCAUUUUAUAUUGUUUGUCAUAUUUUUAUGUAGUUUGAAAUGUUUAAAUGUUCUAAUAUCAAGAUUAACAAAUAUAAAUUUAUGGUGCAUUUAGAUUGUGUUGUAUUAAUUUGUAAAGCUUGGGGUUUGUUAAACCACUAGGUUAUUUAAGGGUAGCUUUUACUGUGAAGACUGUCACAGAGCGGCAAAGUACAUUAACAUCUGGGAGUUUUCGCCUAAACUGCCUCUAAAAAUUUAGUCAUAAAUGAUCUGGUUAAUGCAGUGUGGAUGGACAUUUGGAUGAACAAUGGAUACAUAUUAGCUAGAACGGGUUUUCAGCAGUAUGGCUAAAACACAUAAUGUCCGACCCAGUCCUGCUUCGAUGAAAAUGCUGAUUGAUAGGAAGUUUAUGUGAGAUGUGAUCCUAAAAAAAUACUUUUAUCAAGAAUUUGAACAGUUUCCUGAA